AUGACUUCCAAUAGUCAACAGAAUCUCAUUUCACACCUCUCAGUCUUGUACGAGAGUGCUUCUCGAUUCGCCGCUGAGACGGCCUUUUUGAUACCCUAUGAACGCAAUGGAGAUAAAAAGCAAGACUCUAGUUGGGAUACAGUUACCUAUGACCAGUUCCUAAAUGAUGUGGAACGGUAUGCCUUGCUUUGGAGGCGUGUUCUCCUCUCCCGACACAUUUCAGCUGGAUCAAUCAUCGGGAUUCCUGGCUUUACGUACUUGGACCUUCUACAUAUUUACGGUAUCUCGAGGGCAGGGUACACUCCGCAGCUCUUUAGCAUUCGACUGCCCAAUCCCGCCGUAAUCUUUGAGCUCCUCUCCAAAACCAACGCCGCAGCUCUUAUUUAUCAUGAUUCAUUUGCUUCAAACAUCUCAAAUUGUUCAGUACCCCAAUUCCCCGUGAGCUCUUUGCCUCAUUUGCUCUCCAGCAAGAAGCUAGGAUAUCUUCCUCCCUUACGAGCUCCUGGCCCCAAUAGCGUAAUGUUCAUUUUUCAUACAAGUGGCUCAACAUCUGGUACACCUAAGCUUGUUCCUUGCACUGGAAAGUGGAUUGACUCCAUGGUGAGGAAAGCUUCUGUUGUUGCGACACCACGAGCAGCGUCUGGCCGGGACGUGACAGUGUGGAUGGGGAGCUUGUGCCAUAUUGCUCAAUCGUUUAUGAUGAUAGGAUUUCUCAGGCAUGGGAGCUGUACAAUCCAGCCUUCUCAAAUCGCCUUCUCAUCUGAUGAGCUGCAGAACAUGGUUCAUCGAUGCGGACUCAACCGCCUCAACCAGUUCAGUACAUUUAUUUCAAGCCAUUUUUGCAAAGCGAGAGAAAAUCCAAAAUUUUUAGUAGAUUUACAAAUGCUGGAUUCGAUUUUGUACAGUGGAUUGCCCAUGCCUCAGGAAGAAGAAGACUGGGCGUAUAAAAACGGGUUGAAGCUAUCGAAUAUAUUUGGAAGCACUGAAGUGGGUGGCAUGAUGGUGUCUAUAGACGGUGCAGGUUCCGAUGCUGCUUUGCUUCGCCCUUUGCCCGGUACGGCCUAUAUGUUCGAGCCGACCGUGACGGAGGACAAUGGCCGUCAGUUCCUAGAGUUGAUCAUCUUACCCGAGUCUCCUGACUGCCCUGUGGAAUCUUUUCGCCAGAAAGACGGCAAAUUUCGCACUGGAGAUUUGUUCAUAGAAAUUAAGCCAGGAUGCUAUAAAUUCUGUGGGCGUAAUGACGACUGGAUAAAGAGCGAGAACAGUCUUCGCUGCGAUACAAGAGCGAUUGAAGAAAAUGUGCUCCAAGUCUGUGGAGAUUUGGUGGAUAGCUGCAUUGUAGUUGGAACGGGGCGGCCUAGCCCAGCCUUGUUUGUGGAAACUGCUUCCAAUAUCGACCAUGAACAAUUGAAACGGACAAUCUUGGAAAGGAUUCAGCCAUUUCAUUCUCGACUAUAUCUCCAUGAGCGCAUUACCUCGACGAGCCUUGUCAUUGCUGUUCCACCCAGCUCCCUCCCACGAACGGCCACAAAAGGCAAUAUUCGACGGCAAACUGUAGAAGUGGCAUAUCGGGCCUUACUGGACAAUGUUUAUCAAGACAUAAAAGUAUUGGGAUAG